CUUUUCUGAAAAGGAAACUGAAAGAGUCGGGGAAGACUAUAAAGGAAGACCGCGGGCUGCUCGGGGCAGGCUCCGCCGCUCCUCCGCCUCGCGGGACCCGUGGCCGCCUCCGCCCGCCGUGCCUCCCCGGUCCUCGUUUUGUCUGGACCACGGAGCAGCUCUUCCAGCCUCUUAGCCAGCUGCCAGCCUAGGUCCCGGAGAUGGCCGACGUGCCCAACGGUGAGCAGGGGUGUGCCUCCCCGCUGGAACUGUUCAACAGCAUAGCUGCCCAGGGGGAGCUCGUGAGGUCCCUCAAAGCGGGAAAGGCGUCAAAGGAUGAAAUCGAUUCUGCAGUGAAGAUGUUGUUAUCAUUGAAAAUGAGCUACAAAGCGGCAGUGGGGGAGGACUACAAGGCUGACUGCCCUCCAGAGAACUCAGCACCUGAGAGCAAUAGUGGCCUGGGAUCCGCAGAAACUGAGGAGGAUUUUGUGGACCCGUGGACAGUCCAGACGAGCAGCGCCAAGGGCAUUGACUAUGACAAGCUCAUUGUUCGGUUCGGAAGCAGUAAAAUUGACAAGGAGCUGGUAAACCGGAUAGAGCGAGCCACGGGCCAGAAACCACACCGCUUCCUGCGCAGAGGCAUCUUCUUCUCACACAGAGAUAUGAACCAGAUUCUUGAUGCCUACGAGAAUAAGAAGCCAUUUUAUCUGUACACGGGCAGGGGCCCCUCUUCUGAAGCAAUGCAUGUAGGUCAUCUCAUCCCGUUUAUCUUCACAAAGUGGCUGCAGGAUGUGUUCAACGUGCCGUUGGUCAUCCAGAUGACGGAUGACGAGAAGUACCUGUGGAAAGACCUGACCCUGGACCAGGCCUACGGCUACGCCGUGGAGAACGCCAAGGACAUCAUUGCCUGUGGCUUUGACAUCAACAAGACUUUCAUCUUCUCUGACCUGGACUACAUGGGGAUGAGCCCGGGCUUCUACAAGAACGUAGUGAAGAUUCAGAAGCACGUUACCUUCAACCAAGUGAAAGGCAUUUUUGGUUUCACCGACAGUGACUCCAUCGGGAAGAUCAGCUUUCCCGCCAUCCAGGCUGCCCCCUCCUUCAGCAACUCCUUCCCUCAGAUCUUCCGAGACAGGACGGACAUCCAGUGCCUCAUCCCCUGUGCCAUCGACCAGGAUCCAUACUUCAGGAUGACAAGAGACGUCGCCCCCAGGAUCGGCUACCCUAAACCAGCCCUGCUGCACUCCACCUUCUUCCCCGCUCUGCAGGGGGCCCAGACCAAGAUGAGCGCCAGCGACCCCAACUCCUCCAUCUUCCUCACGGACACCGCCAAGCAGAUCAAGACCAAGGUCAACAAGCAUGCGUUUUCUGGAGGCAGAGACACCGUCGAGGAGCACAGGCAGUUCGGAGGCAACUGUGACGUGGACGUGUCCUUCAUGUACCUGACCUUCUUCCUCGAGGACGAUGACAAGCUCGAGCAGAUCAGGAAGGACUACACCAGCGGCGACAUGCUCACUGGCGAGCUCAAGAAGACGCUCAUAGAGGUUCUGCAGCCCUUGAUCGCCGAGCACCAGGCCAGGCGCAAGGAGGUCACAGACGAGAUCGUGAAAGAGUUCAUGACUCCCCGGAAGCUGUCCUACGACUUCCAGUAACACUCCUUUUAUAUGUGCUUAUAAAGACAUGUAAUUUACCAAUAAUUCCAGCCCAAUCAAAUCAGCACUACCCAUAGGCUCUGUCACACGGUAAUUACUGGAUGGUAUCUGGAAGCCCUGUGUGUGUGUCCGUGCCGUUUUUUUCCCAUGACGUCCUCCUUUCUGUCUCUCGUGGGCCAAACCCUUGGGGUCACUGGGUGCCGGCUAACGUUCCAUGGUCAGACAGUCCCGCUGGAGUCUCUCCCACAGAGCAGACCCCCAUGGGGGACCUUUGGCUCUGUGUCCACAGGCCAGCCUGUCCGGUCCAGAGGACAGCUGCUGGUCGCCACACUCUCAGACCUGCUCUGUGAAGGAGCGUGGUGUCUGUCUGCGUCCCUGAAUCAAAACGCAUUAGCGUCCGUUCAAGCGUGCUUUGAAAAGUCUGCGAGCGGCGGGGUGGUGGGCACAGGCGUAAUUCCGGCCGCGCCCAAGGGAAUUGAGAAGAAGACUCGCCGACUGAAAGCUUUGCGAGACAUUUGGCUACAUGAGCUCCCAGCUUGAAAGCUGCUUUCCACGUUGAAUAUUGGCCCGCGGCGGCCGGGCGUUAUAAAUUGAGUCUUCGUGGGCGAGACUCCAGUUCCUACCACGCUCCCACCCGUGCAUGCGCCCGCGCCAGGAAUCGCGCUUUUCCCCGAUGUGCUAACACUCCGUCGUGCCCGAUGUGCUAACACUCCGUCGUGCCCGAUGCGCUAACACUCCGUCGUGCCCGAUGCGCUAACACUCCGUCGUGCCCGAUGCGCUAACACUCCGUCGUGCCCGAUGCGCUAACACUCCGUCGUGCCCGAUGUGCUAACACUCCGUCCACCACGCAGUCCCUGACACUCCGCCCUGAAAGCCAAGGGCCGCUUCGUGCUGGUCGUGCCAGAUGCUGAGGGCUCUGUUGUCUUUGCAGAUGCUUUUGUUUUGACACUUGACUGGCGUGGAAGUCUCUGCACAGAGCAGUGCCCCGGGCCAGGUGGACGUAGCUAGAAAGUGCGCGGCGCCCUCCAGGCCCCGAGCGGCCUGUCCCCGGGAGGCUUGGUAAACCGCGCACCCUGUGUAGUUUGGAAAAGCGGAAGACCUGUCUCAGGGAAGGCCCAGGCUUGAGGGGUCUGUGCUUUCUGGAGAUGCGGGGUCCACUCCCUCAUGCCGCUCAUUGGCGUGAAUAAACUUCCUUCGGUCC